CUAGACUUGAUCUUCGCUGCUUGUGUGAGUAGAGGCAAGAACGACCAUUCUUCUCCGUGCCAACCACUGAAAGUGGCAGCGAACAAUCGCAUCAGUCGCGUCUCCUCUGUGACUUUCUCGUCAGAACUGCACCAGAAUGCUCCGGGAAGAAAAAGUUUAAGCAAGAACAUUACCCUACGACCUGUAGCAAUUGGCUUGGAUGGCUCCAUAGACUCACUCAGGG